AUGUUCCGGCCGAGUGGUCGGAUUUUGGGAUUGGUCAGAAGUUUAGCCACAAGUUCAGUUCAGAAUGCCAAGAUUAAGGUGCAGAACCCUGUAGUGGAUCUGGAUGGAGAUGAAAUGACUAGGAUUAUAUGGCAGGAGAUUAAGGAUAAGGUGAGUUAUCUACUUUUUAUUAUUUUUUAAAGCGAUUUUUUAAAUGUUACAGUAAUCUUUGAAAAAGGUUAUAAACUUACCGUGUAAAACUGCUUUUUUGCCAUAACUUUUCUAAAAUUAAUUAAUUUUAAUUAUUUUUUAUUUCAGUUGAUUCUGCCAUACCUCGAAAUCGAUAUCAAGUACUAUGAUCUCGGCCUACCCAACAGAGACGCGACCAAUGAUGAAGUGACAGUAGAAGCGGCCAAAGCUAUCCAAAAGUACAAUGUCGGGAUAAAAUGUGCCACAAUCACGCCGGAUAAAGCUAGAGUAGAGGAGUUCAAGUUGAAACAGAUGUGGAAGAGUCCCAACGGUACCAUCAGAAACAUUUUGGGUGGUACUGUGUUCAGAGAGCCGAUUAUUUGCAAGAAUGUGCCAAGGUUGGUCACUGGAUGGGUCAAACCAAUCAUUAUUGGUCGGCAUGCUCACGCUGAUAUAGUAAGUUGUUGUUAUUAAUAAUUAUGUUAAUAUUGGCUUGUUUUUUGUUGUUGUGGUUUUAUAAAUUCGCUUUUGAAUCAAAGACAGCCAAUGUGAUUAUAUAAAGCAUCUACUACAAUUACAUUUUCAGUACAAAGCCAUAGACUUUGUUGUCCCAGAAGCCGGCAAGGUUGAACUGGUGUAUACUCCAUCUAAUGGAGGGGAGAAGACCUCUUAUGAAGUGUUCGCCUAUCCCGGACCGGGAGUAUCGCUAGCCAUGUACAAUACUGAUGAGAGUAUCCGCAACUUUGCCGUUUCUUCAUUCGAAUACGCCUUGAGGAGGAAGUACCCUUUGUAUUUGAGGUAAGUGUGAUUUAUUUUGAAGCUCAGGGGUCUGACUUGAUGUUGUCUUUGCCUGUUUAAGAAGUUUAAGCAGUAAUCACAAGGUCAACAAUUUUAACACAGAUAUAUAUGUUAUUCAUGGCAUAUGCUUAUAAUAUCUAAGUGAAAACGUGUAUCUUAUGAGUUAUAUAUAAGACCUUGCAAACUUUUAUCUUUUUGUACUAAAACAACUAAUUUUCAGCACCAAAAACACGAUUCUGAAGAGAUACGAUGGCAGAUUCAAGGACAUCUUCCAAGAGAUCUACGAGCAAGACUUCCGGGCCAAGUACGAAGCUGCGGGUAUCUGGUACGAGCAUAGACUGAUCGACGACAUGGUAGCUCAAGUAAUGAAAUCAGAAGGCGGCUUCGUGUGGGCAUGCAAGAACUACGACGGUGAUGUUCAGUCGGACUCUGUGGCGCAAGGCUACGGAUCGCUCGGAUUGAUGACUUCAGUUCUACUAUGUCCGGAUGGAAAGACUGUAGAAGCUGAAGCAGCUCAUGGUACGGUCACGAGACACUACAGAUUCCAUCAGAAGGGACAAGAGACUUCUACGAAUCCUAUUGGUAUGUUUUGAUUGAUAUUAAUAUAAGUUGUAUUAAGUUGAUUGUGCAAAUGAUUGUUUUUGUGUUAAUAUAGACAUAAUAUAUUAAUUAUGUAGGUAUAAAACUUAAUUUUAUUGAACAUACUAAACUUAUAUGAUAUUUUCAGCUUCCAUCUUCGCCUGGACCAGAGGCUUGGCUCACCGUGCCCACUUGGACAACAACAACGAAUUGGCUGUGUUUUCGGAGAAUCUUGAGAAGGUUUGUAUCGAGACGAUUGAGCAAGGCUUGAUGACCAAGGACUUGGCCAUCUGCGUGAAGGGUACCACUAACGUCGACCGGUGCGAUUACUUGAACACUUUUGAGUUCAUGGACAAACUGGCUGAGAAUCUGGCCAAGAAACAAAGCUCGUAA